GCACAACAGUGGUUGUUUACGUUUGGUAGAUCUGACCUCUGCCUGCCCGCGCUCUGCUCAUUAUGUCACUAGACUUCGUUGCCUGUAUAGUCAUCUUAGCAGUAUUUUCCAGCUUACUGUAGAGAAAAUGAAGAACCUCGUAUUUGUGAGCAUAUUUAGCGCAAUGGUCGCCAUCGGGACUGCACAUCUGUGCAUGCUGAGUCCUCCACAGCGCGGCUCGAUGUUGAAUAUCAACAAACCAGCAUCUCCGGACUGUGCAUUGCUGCCAGAGCCAUGUGGAGGUCGUAAUGCUAGCUUGGGAACUACUCUUGCUAUCAAGGAGGGAAGCAGGUUUGUUGUAGCCUUCCAGAAAAACUUGGAUCAUUUUUACCCAAGUAACCCUGGAAGCUUCAAGAUUUCUUUGAGCUUUGAUGAAGAGAAGACUUUCCAGCUCUUGCAGUUUCUUCCCGACACCUCUGACCCAUCCCUCACUCUCUACUAUAUGAAUGUCACUAUGCCUGCUAUGCCACUAAAGAAACCAGGGACAUUGAGAAUUGCUUAUGUAACCCAGAACCCAGAAGCUCCAGCCGUAUUCUACCAGUGUAGUGAUAUCAUGCUCUACUAAUGGACGAGGGUCUCAUACACAAUCAAAUUGGCAACUCGUUUCGUUGAACACCCCUUUGUUGCAUAUAUGUGUGUCCACAUAUUUACAUUUCAUAACCUGUAUCGUCAACUUGUAUUUCUAAAAUAUGUUAUCUCCAUAUGUCUGAAUGUUCCUACUGAGAUGUAUACCUCAAUAAUCUAUGUUCUAAGAACCCUAAGCAGGGGUCAGAUCUAGGGGGGGGGGGGGGUCAUAUGGGUCUGAGCCCCUUUCCCCCCUCCCCCAUUCGUUCCACCAAUUGUAUAUCUUACAUUUGAGUGUAUUCUAUAACCCUACAUACAUGUAUGUUCCUACAAGUGUAUUAUCCAGUAAUCAUAUAUACGGUAGAUCAACACCAGUAUGAUGUACAUGUAUAUUGUGUUGUGUUGUAUGUUACGUAUCUUAAUGCUUAAAUGUUUCAACACAUAAUUAAUGUUUCAAUUGUUUCAGGAUAGAAU